AAAUGGAAGGAAGUGUGCUUGUGCGCAUGCGCUUCAGCUCCACACGUUGUUUUGGAGUUGGAAGUAGAUUUGGCAAAAAUAUAGAGUUUGAAUUCGCCCGCUGACCUGUUUCUGGUGUUUGUGCUUUGGUUUUUCUCUUGUAGACCCUUUGAUAGUAGAUUUAUUAUCUGUUGCUGAGAACAGGCGUCAGAAUUCAGAUAGAAAACGCUGACAUUUUAGGAAAAGUAACCUGCUAGCCUAGCCCAGAGGAGCUUGAAGCAUGGCAACUGUACUGAAGCUGAUAGCUGGGAGCUACGAGCAGAUCACGGUUGGUUACAGAGUGAAUACUGAUGAGAAAGAGUGGACAGCAGAGGCAGAUUUCACACAUCACGCCCACACAGCAUCCAUAUCAGCCGUGGCAGCCAGUGAGAGGUUUGUUGUCACAGGCAGCAAAGAUGAGACCAUGCAGCUUUACGACAUGAAGAAGAGGAUUGAACAUGGAGCUUUGCUGCAUCAUGACGGUACCAUCUCCUGUCUGGAGUUUUACGGGAACUCUCAUUUACUGAGCGGAGGGGAGGAUGGACUCGUCUGUGUUUGGAGCACCAAGAAAUGGGAGUGUCUGAAAUCCAUCAAUGCGCACAAAGGCCACGUCACUUCGCUGUCCGUCCAUCCAUCUGGGAAACUUGCGCUUACUGUCGGGACAGAUAAGACACUCAGAACAUGGAAUCUGAUUAACGGAAGAUCAGCAUUCAUCAAAAACAUAAAACAAAAUGCACACAUCGUCAGAUGGACUCCAGAUGGAGAUAAAUACGUGGUUGUAAUAAAUGACAAAGUGGACAUCUAUGACCUGCAGACAGCCUCUGUGACAGGAACAAUCACAAACCCAAAGAGGAUCUCAUCUGUGAAGUUCAUUAAUAACUCCCUCCUGGCUGUCGCAGGAGAUGAUGAAAUUGUGAGAUUAUGUGACAUAGGAAAAGAGGAUUGUGUCUGUGAGUUUAAGGCUCAUGAAACAAGAGUCAAAGCCGUUGACAGUUUCAUGAUGGAGGACUACUGCGUGUUGGUGACUGCUUCAAAUGACGGAUUCAUCAAAAUGUGGAAACUCCACCUCAAAGAGGAGCUGGAGUCUCCCAUCCUCCUCGGGGAAGUGAAUACAACAGCCAGACUGACGUGCCUCGCUGUGUGGAAACCUUCAUCAGUGCAGCAGACCACUGAGGAGCCAGCAGCUAAAGCAACAACAUCAGAAGAACUCAUCAAGGAGCUUUCAAAGACAAAGAGAGUCCAUAUUGCAACAGAGGAAGUCAUCCUAGAAGAUGAGAGCAAACCGAAAAAGAAGAAAAAGGAUGGUGGAAAAUAACAUAAAAUGAAAGUGUUAUUAUUCAUGGACUGUUUUGAGUCUACUUGACUUGUUUGGUCUUAUUUGCAAUACGAGUGGUGAUAAAGUAGUGCUUUUAAUGGCAGAUAUUAUGAAAAUACAUUUGUAAUUGAUGCAGAAAUGUAAAAAGAAAAAGAAGACGAGCAUGGCAUCAAUAAAAAGUUUUAAUAUCAA